ACUUGACAUAAGUCUUUAAGCAAGAUCCUUACGGAAAUCUCAGACUAUACUUAAUAAAAAUGUGUUCCAUAAGUAUACUUGCAAAAGAUUUCUUAAAUCUUGCUGAGGAUUUUUCUUGGGGGUUUACGGAAAUCUAGAAAAAUAGUCGGCAACAUUAUUUAAACAAUAUACGUUCUGCAUAACAAUGUUAGGUCAGAGUUGAUGCAGAAUUGCUCAUGAUACCGAAUUUUCAUCACCAAGUAACUUUAAGUUCAAACGCAGUGCCUGUAGAAAAUCUCGGUUGCCCUUGUUUAAAUUGAAAGUGCUUCAAAUUAAUGAUAUUGUCACUCAAUAAAAUUAUAUCGAAUAUUAAGUGGGCGCCGCUGAAUUUUCUAUACUAACACUGCACAGACGGCUCAUGAAGUAACGAAAAGAGUAUCCAUGUCUAGAUAUCUUAAGCAAUUUUGCAGUGAAUCUGAGCUAAUGUAUCUUAAACGUAGUACAAAUUCUUGAGAACGUGUCUUGUUUUGAGCAAAUGAUACUGCAGAUAUACUUAACGCUUCUUAUGAAAGUAUCUUGCUUUAAGCUUGUCCAAGACUGAUGAUGCAGGCUUGCUGAUAACUUAAGAUACAUAUUUACGUUAGACUUCUUUAAGCCCUGGCAGAUACACAUCAAAAAUGUAUUCCUCUAUCGGCACAAUCACAGUCGCUUUGUUAAUUGCUGAUUGUAAAUCGUAUGAAAUCAAGUCGAAAAAAAAAAUUGGGUUUUCUAAAACCCCUUGGUAUUCACAAUCAACUCAUCAGCAGCCAAGCUAUGGUGACAAUGAUUCUACAGGUUCUGUAACCCAUAAUAAUGACAAUGAUGAUAACAAUAAUUAUGGUGACCAAUCUGGAUCUAUUCGGGGUGAAACCGGUCAAGAAAAUAAUAGAAAUAAACAAUAUCCAGAAUAUUGGAUUGCCGUAAUGCCGAAUAUUUAUGGUGCGACAGAUGCAAUACAAGCUGGUAUAGUAAUAACAAACAGGGAUGUUAAAAAACCAUGGAAACUAUUACCUGCCGAUCCUAAUUUUAAUGCCCGGAGUAAAUUAUUGAAUUGCGUCAUCAGAUUUCCGACAAUUUGGAUCCCGGAACCGCAAACAGAGCCAGAAAACACUGGCACUGACGACUGGCAAACAUCGCAUUUUCGUGCCGUUGAUACCGGUGAUAAUGUCUCGAUUUAUAAGAUUACUAAUGAUGCUUAUGGAAGAACAGAUGUCGCUCCAGUUACUCUAGAAGUUGAUUUUAGCACUCCUGUUAUGAUAUGGAUCAAUGACAAGGGACUAAUGGGACUCAUGGUUAAGGUUCGUCCAGCCAAAGAUCGUAACGCAAGAACAUAUUUCCGUCAGCGUUACUAACUAUGUUAAUUUGUUUCGUAAAAAUACUAACAAAUCAGUGUAAUUCAACGUUAAAUAAACUCUUACACGAAGACUA